AUGUCAGUGUCUUCAGUCCUGCUCGUCCUCCUGCAGGUGUGCAGUCUGCACCUGAUGGCGGUUGCCAAGCCAACCUGCAGACUGGAGGGAGACCUGAUCCAAAAUGCCCACAACCUGCUCAGGGACCUGGGAGGACCAUUUCCUGUCCACUGUCUGUCUCUGAACGCCAACGUGUCCUUCCCACGCUCCCUCCUUCCUGCUCCCCCAGCCAAUCAGCCUCAGUGCCACCAAGCAUCAUGGGUAGUGUAUGAGUCCCUGCAGGAGGCAGAGAAUAUUUUUGAUGAGUUACCUGUCCCAGAGGGCGGAGCCACCAAAGACGCCGAGAAUUUCACCAAAUUCCAACAUCUGCAGAGCAGACUGGUGGAGCAAGGCACCUGUCUGUCUGCUGGUAACGGUUCGGAUGUUUUAUCGUCAUACUUCAGUAAACUGACGGCAGCUCUGCAGCAGCAGGACAGCGCCGCCUGUGGUUGGAAGGCUCUGUGGAGAGAUCUGCAAUGGGUCCUAAAGUCCGCCCUGCAGAAACCCUACCGCACCUGUUUCACCUGGAGAGACCCUGAGGAAACCCAGUGAAGACAGAGGACACGUCCCGUGAAGAUAAAGGACAUGCCCACUGAG